GGUCCAGACUGCUGGGAUCCCACCCUCAAUCACUGGGAUCCCUACACUGACUGCUGGGAUCCAGCCAAUGUCUGCCGGGACUCCACCUACAACCACUGGGAUCCAGGCCCAGACUGCUGGGAUCCCUACAAUGACUUCUGGGAUCCCACCCACAACCACUGGGAUCCCACCCACAACCACUGGGAUCCCACCCACAACCACUGGGAUCCCAUCCCAGACCCUCAGGAGCCCACCUACAACCACCUGGAUCCAGCCCCAGACUGCUGAGAUCUGGUCCUCAACCACCGGGAUCCCAACCACAACUGCCGGGAUCCAGUCCCUGACUGUUGGGAUCCCUACAGUGACUUCUGGGAUCCCAUCUCAACCCCUCAGGAUCCAACCCACAGCCACCUGGAUUCUUCCACAGACCAUUGGGAUCCAGGCCUCAACUGCUGGGAUCCCUCCAAUGACCACCGGGAUCUCAUCCACAACUGCCGGGAUCCCACCCACAACCACCUGGAUCCUGCCCCAGCCCAUCAGCAUCCAGGCCCAAACUGAUGGAAUUCUGCCCCAGCCCAUCGGGAUCCAGCCCCAGACUGCUGGGAUCCUGCCCCAGCCCAUCAGGAUCCUUCCCCAGACUGAUGGGGAGCUGCUCCAACCCAUCAGGAUCCAGCCCCAGAUUGGCGGGGUCUUGCCCCCAACCACUGAGAUCCCUCCACUGACCACCAAGAUCCCACUCACAACAAGCUGGAUCCUGCCCUCAACCUCCAGGAUCCUUCCACUGACUCCUAGGAUCUCGUCUAAGACUGCCAGGAUCCUGCCCAAGCCCGCCAAGAUCUCAUCCGUGACCACCGGGAUUCCGCCCCAGGUGGCCCCAAUCCCAUCCACGGCUGGCGGGAUCCCGCCCCCGACAGACGGGAUUCAGCCCCCAACAGCCGGGAAGCCACCCGCGACUGGCAGACCCCGGCGCCAGGUUGGCCGACCCCCACGCCGGGCCGGCAGACCCCCACGCCGGCCUGGCCGACCCUCGACUAAGACCUCCAAGGUGUCAUCAAAGACCGCCAAGCUCCUGCCUCGACCUGACGUAGUCCAACCUCCUACUGCCAACUCCAACCUACCACUUAGUCGAAACUUCCAGAUGGCACCCUGCGGCUGCUUAUUCGACCCCCAGUACUUCCAGAUCAAACCGGCCAGCGACGGUUCCUCCACUCUCGUCAAAAUCGCCGAGCCCCCUGAGCCCAGCACUCCCUUGGGGGAGCCCCAGGGCCACAGCCAACCACCAGCCUGGCCCGAUAUGUAUCCGCAAAGCCAGCCGGGGUCAUUGACCCCUCAGGAUUUCCACCCUUCCCCACCCAAGAAGAAGAAGAAGAAGAAGUCGAGGGCCCCAUUCCCCCCUAUCGGUGCUGCAGAGGGGACACCGGCCCCCGGCCCCCAACCGGCACAGCCUCCCUGCCCUCGCAGAAAGGGAAGACCUAAAGUGACCAAGAAAACCUCGAAGAACUCCUCACGACCAGCCCCCGGUUAUCCUAACGGGGGGCAGACAGGCUACCAGGCAGGGGGAGGGCCCCCCGCUCCGCCACUUACUGCACCUAGCUCGGCAGACAACACAAUCCCCUCUGACUCAUUCUUGCAGAGUGCCACAUUGACUCUCCCUCAAGCAGGCACGGAGACCAGAGAGCCAGAGGGGACGACCGGGCCUUCUACCACCCCGCAGACUAGUAGUCUCCUGGCUGAAACUAGACAAAUCCUGGACCAACCUUCCUCCUCCACCAGCAUGCCCCCCCAGUCCCAGGCCAACGAGGUUGUGUUGGAUGAAAUCUUGUCCCUGCUGGACCUUCCCCAAGAGGACCCAGUCUACACCAGUGGCCCCCCACAACCGUUCCAGGGGGAUGAGCGUGAUGAUGGCAGUGGCAUCCUCUGGCUGGACCUCCCCGAUGAGCUUUUAUCCUUGAACUACGACGAGACAAAUCUCCUCGACAUGAUGUUGGAUUCGAAUGACUGGAACCUGGUCUAUCCCUUACCCGAGCCCAUGGGCAACCAGCAAAAUUACUCCAGAUAUGCAGCCGGAGAUGGGAGCCGAACCCCAAGUGCCAACAACAGGCUGGACCUUUAGUUCAAAGACCAGGAGUAGCACCCUGGCCCCCGAUGCUGUUUGAAUAAAGGGAGUGUCCGACCUUUCCC